UGAACAACGCAAAGUUCUAAACGAUCAACAGUAUUCCUCUUAUUAUACACAUCUUUUGUAUAAUUCGAAUCGUCUUAAAUUCUAGGGCGAUACCUUGUGAUUUUGUCUUCGUUUAUUAUGGGAGUAGCAGAGUCCAGACUAUCAUUCAGAAGUUCUCUUUUAGCAUUGCUAAAAAAGCCAGCAAACCCAGAAGAUUACCAUUAUGUCUUCAAUUGUGUGAUCAAUGAUAACGAUGUAUUUUCUCUCUUUUUCCCCAAAGAGAUCCGCCAGUUUUGCGAAGGCGAAGAAUUCUCUCAACUCGCAUUGUUAGUGCAAGUCUGCCUAUGGAACAUUAUAUAUUAUCAAAAGAACGCAAAGAAAAGGAAUUACAUUGAAGCAAAGAAGCCGUGGGUUCUAAAUAGUGCCAGAAUCUUGACAAGAUUAAUCCCUUAUUUAUACGAGUCUAGGAAAUCCCACUCAUGGAUUCGUGAGUAUUUGUCUUUUUCUCCAAAAGACGCUUUUGAGAAAAUGCAGUCUGAUCUUGAUGUAUCGAGUUUUUAUCCGGAUUUUGAUUUACCUAGUGAAGACUCUCUUCUUUCUGCACUCUUGAACUCCGUUUUUCAAAUUUGCUUCCUACCUGGUUUAUGUCUUUCCAUAAUGAGCGCUGAUGGGGAGAAAAUAUGGUCUUCAGGUCUUGUAUUCCAAAAACUGGGAAAUCCACCUUCUUACGAUCAUCAAAGUCAUCAACUAACCUUGAUUCGUUUUCUUAUGGUGCUUAUAUCAGAACCGCUUUAUCAAUCUCAACAUCAAAUGGAUCUAAGUAUCUUGGAGCACAUUUUAACCUUAAACGAUAGAAAUACCAAUAUCAGGUUGAUUUGUUCUUUAACCAACACAUCUUUCAUCAAUUCUGCUUCCUGGUUACCCAACUUGCUAAAUAAGUCAUCGGUUGUACUAAGACGGUAUUCAGCUUUAUUCUUGCUACAACUUAUCUGUAUUCCGAAACCUAAAACUGUCUCUAUAAAUGCCGUUUUGGAUACUUUGAAAAAACUUCAUCGAUCAGAAGACCUUCGUUUGUUAGCUACGUCCCUUUACAAAACCAUAUCACUUCCUCUUAAAAACUCUUCGAGUUUGAUAUCAGUUUUCCAAAGUUCCAAUAGCGACUUGGAGGAAGCUUUGAUAUUCUUCUUUUUACUUCUCACUAACCACUUUCGGUUUGCAAAUGAACUUGGGAAACUUCCGUUUCUUAUUGAACUAAUAUCUUCGCUUUUAUACAUAUUUAUCAACUAUGAUUCAGACGAUGAAGCAAACACUGGGUUCAUAGCUCAAGUUGCUGGAUAUUGUUUACAGCAAAUAUUGAGCAAAAAGGAGCUAAUUGAAUCUAUUGCUAAAUGUCAUGCUUCUUCCAUGCUUCCCCCUACUUCCCAAAAAUUUCCCAUUUAUGAGCUUAACAUCACAAAUUAUAUUUUAUUGACUUUGAUUAUACACAUUAAUGAUGGUCAUCAUUCCCAGCAUCUGGCUUGCCUCAUAGUUUCGAACAUCUUAUUGAAUUCCUCUAAUUUACCUUUGAUGACUUUAGAGCAUCUCAUAACUCUCAUUAGUCAGUUUUUCCAACCAGAGGUUUUAUUCUUGAAAAAGUCAAAUGCAGUCUUAUCUAGACGCCUUCUUUCAGGUUUACUUAUUAUAAUUUCACGGAAUUUAGAUGAAAAUUACCUCAUAAUCAAAAAUUUAAAAGAAAACGCGAAUCGUUUUGAGCCAAUGGUCACUUGGACGAACGAAGAUUUUGAUGAAUCUUUGAGAAACUAUAAAUCCGGCCAUCCUGAAUUUACGGAAUCAGAUUUAGUCUGGUAUCAUGCAUGGUUUUCUGAGUCUAAAAUUCCUCUUUUACGGGAGUUAUUAUCUUCUGAGAAUGGAAAAUCGUUAUUGAUGGACCCGCUAAACAUUCAAAGUCUUGAAGUUGAGCCCUGCUAUGUUGACUAUAAUACUAACAUUCAAGAAUGGAUAUUUUUGAAUUUGUGGAGAAUCACUUUAGGCCAGUGCUCUAGUAAUGCUUCUGUUGCGUUGUCUCCCUGGUCCGGUACAGCCGUUACACUAUUUUCAAUUCGCGAGGAACCCCAAGCUUCCCCAGCGUCACAAUUUUUACAAAACUUACAAAAUAGAUUUCUAUAAGAUUAUGUAUGCUACGAUUCAAAAAAGCUUUUAGACUGAAGUUGGCUUUACACGAUCUUUUUUUUGUAUGCAAACCAACAAGUUCAAUAAAAAUUAUAUAUUAUACAAACUAAACGACAUUAAUUAAAG